UUUUUAGCCUGAGUGACAUAGCAUUAUGGAUGUGUUUUGUGUAAAGGCGUAAUCUCUAUAAUGGAUCUGCCUGAGGGGUUAGAUGAGGGUGUCCCUCCCUCCAAAAUAACUGCAUUUGGAGAACAUGACUGCAGGACCAAAGCUCAAAGGCCAGAUCAGCAGACACAGGAGAGACCAGCUUCUCCUGUACCGAGCUGUGUGUCCAUGAAGAGCAACACGUCAAUGGAGCCACCGAUUGGUUUGAAAGGACAUCAUUCUUCUGAAACAGAUCCAGAGCAGCUGCACAGACCAGUCUCUCCUGUAUCCAGCUGUGUGUCCAUGAAGAGCAACAUGUCAAAAGAACCACCAAUUGGUUUGAAAGGACAUCAUUCCUCUGAGACAGAAACCCAGGAGGAGAGACCAGCUUCUCCUGUAUCCAGAUGUUUGUCCAUGAAGAGCAACAUGUCAAUAGAGGCACCUCUUGGUCUUGAAGGACAACAUUCAUCUAAAACAGAUCCAGAGCAGCUGCAAAGACCAGUCUCUCCUGUAACCAGCUGUGUGUCCAUGAAGAGCAACAUGUCAAGAGAACCACCUCUUGGUUUGAAAGGACAUCAUUCUUCUGAAACAGAACUUCAACAGCAGACAUCAGAGGUUCAUAGUGGUCAAUCUGUCCUGGAGAGUCAAACAGACUCUGUAUUUAUGCUGCUUGAGGAGAGCAUUAUCACUUUUGUGAGGAAGGAGCUAAAGAGGAUGCGGAAGGUUCUUAGCUCAGAGUGUUUGGAUGAAGAGAUGAUGGAUGACAAGGAGGAAGAGGAUCUGAGGAACAGCAGAGAUGCAUUUCUAAAAAUCGCACUGCACUUCCUGAGGAUAAUGAAGCAGGAGAAGCUGGCUGACCGUCUGCAGAGCAGUAAGAAGCCUUUUUACAGCUUUAACAUGAUGGUCAUAUUUAUUCGGAAACUCAAAUGUGGUUUGCAGCAGAAGUUUCAGUGUCUGUUUGAGGGCAUCGCUAAAACAGGAAACCCAACACUUCUGAAACAGAUCUUCACAGAGCUCUACAUCACAGAGGGAGGGACUGCAGAGGUCAAUGAUGAACAUGAGGUCAGACAGAUUGAAACAACAUUCAGGAAACCAGCCAGACCAGAGACCAUAAUCAUAUGCGAACACAUCUUUCAACCCUUACCGGGAAGAGAUGAACCGAUCAGAACAGUGAUGACAAAGGGAGUGGCUGGCAUUGGGAAAACAGUCUUAACACAGAAGUUCACUCUGGACUGGGCUGAAGACAAAGCCAACCAGGACAUACACUUCACAUUUCCAUUCACUUUCAGACAACUGAAUCUGCUGAAAGGGAAAAAGUACAGCUUGGUGAAACUCAUUCAUCAUUUCUUCGGUGAGACCAAAGAAGCAGGAAUCUGCAGGUUUGAAGAGUUCCAGGUUGUGUUCAUCUUUGACGGUCUGGAUGAGUGUCGACUUCCUCUGGACUUCCACAACAAUGAGAUCCUGACUGAUGUUACAGAGUCCACCUCAGUGGAUGUGCUGCUGACAAACCUCAUCAGGGGAAAACUGCUUCCCUCUGCUCGCCUCUGGAUAACCACACGACCUGCAGCAGCCAAUCAGAUCCCUCCUGAGUUUGUCGGCAUGGUGACAGAGGUCAGAGGGUUCACCGACCCACAGAAGGAGGAGUACUUCAGGAAGAGAUUCAGAGAAGAGGAGCAUGCCAGCACCAUCAUCUCCCACAUCAAGACAUCACGAAGCCUCCACAUAAUGUGCCACAUCCCAAUCUUCUGCUGGAUCACUGCUACAGUUCUGGAGGAUGUGUUGAAAAGCAGAGAGGGAGGAGAGCUACCCAAGACCCUGACUGAGAUGUACAUCCACUUCUUGUUGGUGCAAGCCAAAAUGUGGAACGACAAGUAUUACGUUGGAGCUGAGACAGAUCCACACUGGAACCCAGGGAGCAGGAACAUGAUUUUGUCUCUGGGAAAACUGGCUUUUGAGCAGCUGCAGAAAGGCAACUUGAUCUUCUAUGAAUCAGACCUGAAAGAGUGUGGCAUUGACAUCACAGCAGCCUCGGUGUACUCAGGAGUGUUCACACAGAUAUUCAAAGAGGAGAAAGGGCUGUACCAAGAGAAGGUGUUCUGCUUCGUCCAUCUGAGCAUUCAGGAGUUUCUGGCUGCUCUUUACGUCUUUCUGACCUUCACCGACUCUGGUAUCAAUCUCUUGUCCCAGUCGAAACCCUGGUGGUCCAAAAUAUUAAAAGACAAGCUUAAACUAUCAUAUCUCUUCCAAAGUGCUGUGAACAUGGCUUUGCAGAGUCCAAAUGGUCACCUGGAUCUGUUCCUCCGCUUCCUCCUGGGUCUUUCACUGCAGACCAAUCAGACUCUCCUACGCGGCCUGACAACACAGAGAGGAAUUAGUUCACAGAGCAACCAGGAAACAGCCCAGUACAUCAAGAGUGUGAUCAGGACGAAUCUCUCUCCGGAGCGAAGCAUCAAUCUGUUUCACUGUCUGAAUGAACUGAAUGAUCGUUCUCUAGUGGAGGAAAUCCAACAGUACCUGAGUUCAGGAGGUCUCAGCACAGAUAAACUGUCUCCUGCUCAGUGGUCCGCUCUGGUCUUCAUCUUACUGUCAUCAGAGAAGGAGCUGGAUGUGUUUGACCUGAAGAAAUACUCUGCGACUGAGGAGGGUCUUCUGAGGCUGCUGCCAGUGGUCAAAGCCUCCAAUAAGUCUCUGCUGAAUGGUUGCAACCUGUCAGAAAAAAGCGGUGAAGGUCUGGCAUCUGUUCUGAGUUCUGGUAGUCUGAGAGACCUGGAUCUGUGUAACAACAACCUGCAGGACUCUGGAGUGACGCUGCUUUCUGCUGGACUCAAUAAUCCGCAGUGUCGACUGGAAACGCUGAGGUUGAACCAAAACAAUCUCACAGAGAAUUGCUGUCAGGAGUUAGCAUCAGUUCUCAGCAGCAAGUCGUCCAGUUUGAGAGAGCUGGACAUGAGUUACAAUGACCUGCAGGACUCUGGAGUGAAGCUACUUUCUGUCGGACUGGAGAGUCCACACUCUACAGUGAAAACACUCAGGCUGAAUGGCUGUAAUCUAUCAGAGAGAGGUGACGCUCUGGCCUCAGUCCUGAGCUCCGAGUCAUCUAGUCUGAGAGACCUGGACUUGAGUAACAACGAUCUGCAGGAUUCAGGAGUGAAGCUGUUCUCUCUUGGACUGGAGAGUCAACAUUGUAAACUGGAAACUCUGAGGCUCAGCGGCUGUAAGCUAUCAGAAAGAAGCUGCGAAGAUCUGUCGUCAGUUCUCAGCUGUCAGUCCUCAAGUCUGAGAGAGCUUGAUCUGAGUAACAACAACCUGCAGGACCCAGGAGUAAAGCAGCUCUCUGUUGGACUGAAGAGUUCACACUGCACACUGGAGACUCUCAGAUUGAGUCAAACUACACUCACAGAGAAAUGCUGUCAGGAGUUCUCAUCAGUUCUCAGCUCCAAGUCUUCUACUCUCAGAGAGCUGGACCUGAGUAACAAUGACCUGCAGGACUCAGGAGUGAAGACGCUCUCUGCUGGACUUUGGAGUCAAAACUGUAGACUUGAGACUUUCAGGUUGUCAGGCUGUCUGAUCACAGAGGAAGGCUGUGCUUCUCUGGCUUCAGCUCUGAGCUCCAACCCCUCCCAUCUGAGAGUGCUGGACCUGAGCUACAAUCACCCAGGAGACUCGAGUAUAAAUCUACUCUCUUCUGGAUUAGAGGAUCAACGCUGGAGACUGGAAUCACUCAGUGUGGAUCAUGGUGGCGUGCAAUGGCUGAAAUCUGGUCUAAGGAAGUAUUUGUGCGAACUCACAUUGGACCCAAACACAACACACAAAAACGUCGUCCUGUCCGACAACAACAGAAAGGUGACGCUGUCGGCAAUGAAGCAGCCAUAUCCCGAACACCUCGACAGAUUCGACUGGUGCUAUCAGGUGCUGUGCACAACUGGUCUGAGUAGUCGCUGUUACUGGGAGGUGGACUGGGAAACGGGGGUCGACAUUGGUGUGACUUACAGAAGCCUCAGAAGGAGAGGGGCUCGAGAUGGCAGCAGGCUUGGGUGGAAUGAGAAGUCGUGGAGUCUAGAGCUCACUGAUAAAUGUUACUAUGCCUGGCACAAUAACAUCAGAACAACUCUUCUCACGCCUCCCUCCUCUUGCUCUAACAGAGUUGGAGUAUAUCUGGACUGGCCUGCUGGCUCUCUGUCCUACUACAGUGUCUCAUCUGAUUCACUGAGCCACCUGUACACCUUCCACUACGCCUUCACUGAACCCCUCUACCCUGGUUUUGGUUUUCUGUCACUUGAUUCAUCAGUGUCUUUGUGUUAGGACAUGCCAACAUCUGCAUGCUCACAAUGGCAAUGCUAACAUGCUGAUGCUAAGUUAGUAUAAUGGGAGCAGUUAAGAUAUUUCAGUCUGGACCGAUUGAAACAUGGAUAUUGCCAUCCACACAGAGACUUCCCCUAAACAGCCUAGCUUUAGCUGAAUGACAAUGUGUUUUUGACUUUAUCUAAAA